UCCUAGCAACGGCGCGAGAGGUCGAGGAAUCGUUCUUCUCUUUCCAGUCCUUUCAGUUUAAGGCCAGUAAAGCCACGCCACGCACUUGUGACUCCAGAUCCUUCCCUCCGAUUUACCCGUAUCUUCCACCGCACCCCAGAAAAAUUGGCUCUGAACUAACCAACCCCCGUCCCUGCCCUCUCGGUCUUCCCUCCAACCUAGGUUCAGUCAUCCAUCCCAACCGGCCGUCUGAGCUUCUCUGUUCCUCUUCGUCCACCAGCCUCAAGCAGCCGCUGUUUGUUCUAGGUCAUGCCAGGAGAUGAGGAGGAAGCUGAGAAUGCUUCCGAAACUCCAGAGGAAAAGGGAGUCUGCAUUACUGAAGACCUUAUCACCAAGCGGAACUUGACCUUCCCUGAGGAUGAGGACCUGUCAGAAAAGAUGUUUCAGACUCUUGACGAACUGGAGACGGUCCGCCUGGAUCGGGAAGGGAUUACUUCCAUUGGGAACUUAGAGAGCCUCCGCAAUAUUCACAGCCUCUACCUGCAGUCGAAUAAGAUCCAGCGAAUUGAGAACCUGGCAUGCAUCGCCUCCCUGCGCUUUCUGUCUCUGGCAGGAAACCAAAUCAAGCAGGUGGAAAACCUCCUUGACCUCCAGUACCUCCAGUUUCUGGACCUUUCUGAGAACCUGAUAGAAACGCUAAAGCUAGAUGAGCUCCCCCAGAGCCUUCUCAUUCUCAACCUGUGUGGAAACCCCUGUACCAACCAGGACGGCUACAGGAAGAUGGUGAUAGAAGCCCUGCCACUGCUCCUGGACCUGGACAAGCAGCCUAUCAUGGAGCGUUGGACCUCAGACGAGGACAAAUCCUCAGAUGAGGAGGAGGAAUUUCCGGAGCUGAGUGGCCCCUUCUGUGCAGACCGAGGAUUCUUCAAGGACUUGGACCAGGAAAUGCAGCAGCAUCAGGAAUGCAGGCAGCGGGCGGUCCUGGCAGAGCACUUGUCAAGGAUGGAGACACAGCCUGUCCUCACAGACCUGCCCCUGCUGCCCACGGCACCCAUGGCCGGGGACUGCAGCCCUGCUGUCGCUGCACAGCCUGAGGAGGAGUCACCCCCUAAGGCUGCCUCCCCAACCCCGGCUGCCUCCUCUACCAAGAAACAGGUUCCCAGGAGCCAGAAAAGCUCUGGCCACACAAGGAAGGAGGCUCCAGCAGCCACAGCCCCCAAGACCUCUUCAGCUGUAGGCCUCAGCAAGACAAAAACCACAACCAAAAGAAGCACAAAGUAAUGCAGCGCCUCUGUGCACUCGCCCUUCUUCUCAGGCCCGCACCUGUGGCAGGGGCCCCACUCCCAAUAAAGUGCCUCUGGGUUUGGAAUGCUUUUCAUGUCACAUGGAGAAAGUCAAGGAAAGGAAUCAGAACCAGAAACCCAAACCCCAGUCCCCCAAAGCAGCUUACUCUUUCAGGAAUAACCCAAAGGGCUGGCAUCUCUCUGUACCUCAAGUGAGCCAGGAGUGGGACUGCCUCACAGAGGUAUAGCUGUCUCAUGUUGAGAGGGCUUUGUGGCCUGUAAAGACAGUGUCUCACUGUGUAACCCUGGAUGGCUUAGGACUCUCAGAUAUCCCCCUGCCUCUGCCCCCUGAGUAAUUUGGUUAAAGACACACCACCAUGCAGUCCAAGCUAAGGACUAAAACCUUGGGAAUCCUUAGUGUCCCCAGAUAGCAGCCAGCUACCUAGUGAAGCAUGAUCUUGGGUCUUCAUGAAACCACCACCACCACCACACGAAUUAGGUCCUAUCACGCACACCAUUAGGAUUUAUAGCUUGGCAUCAAAGGUCUAGCAACCAGCCUGCUGGGAACUGUCCUUUGCAUUGG